AUGGAUAAAGGAGGAUUUAGAUUUAAAUUAAAUAAUAUAGAAGAUAUAGCGAAUUAUAUUCUCGAAUCAAGAGAUGCGAAGAGAGUUGGAAAGCUCUGA